GAGAUUGCUUUUAUUCUGAAAGGCUGUGAUAAGAAAGCUGAUUUCUCGCGAUAUUUCAGGAGAAUCCCGCCGGGUGACGUUUCGACGCAGGUUCCGUGAGUUUAGCGACUCCGCCGCGACAAACUAACAACUGACGAUCUUCCCUUCAAAUGAGAACUUGUUCUGAAUCGACUCACCUGGAUUUAAUAAAGGUGAAAUAAACAUAAUAGGAGGAAGAUGCUGCAGCAGGUGGCGGUAGUCGGAGCCGGAGCCGCCGGACUCUGUGCAGCCCGACACAUCCUGUCCCGUCCGACCCGCUUCGCCCCCCCGGUGGUGUACGAGCUCAGCGACGAGGUCGGAGGAACCUGGCGCUACGAAGAACGGGUCGGAGCCUCCGACACCGGGCGGCCGGUCCACAGCAGCAUGUACCGGGACCUCAGGACCAACCUGCCCAAGGAGGUGAUGAUGUUCCCUGAUUUCCCGUUCGACCCCCAUCUGAGCAGCUUCCUGCCCCAUCAGGAGGUCCAGAGGUACCUGGAGAGAUACUGCCAGAGCCACCACAUCCGGCCUCACAUCCGGUUCAACACCGUGGUGGAAACCGUGAAGCCUGUCGUCAUGACGACGGAGGGCGGCGAGGAGAAGACGACCUGGGAGGUGACGUCGUCUGAUUGGUCCGGCCGUCAGAAAACAGAGACCUUUGACUCGGUGUUGGUCUGCUCCGGGCACUACUCUGACCCGCACAUCCCCGACAUACCAGGAAUAGACAACUUUAAAGGAAACGUGCUCCACAGUCAUUCAUACAAGUAUCCAGAGCCCUUCUCAGGUCAGUCGGUGGUCGUUCUGGGAGCUAAAGCUUCAGGACUGGACAUCUCCAUGGAACUGGCUAAAGUUGGAGCUCAGGUGACUCUGAGUCAUCAUCAUCCUCGUUUCACGUUUCCUCUUCCUCCAGAGAUCCAGCAGUCCAGUCCAGUGGUGGCGGUGGAGGACGACGGCCGCCUUCGUCUCCAGGACGGCUCGGUGGUCCAGGCCGACGUCCUGAUGUUCUGCACCGGGUACAACUUCAAGUUUCCAUUCCUGGACGGAGCUCAGCUGUCUCUGGAGGUCCAGGACCAGACGGUGUCUCCUCUGUACCGCUUCAUGCUGCCUCCGGCCUUCCCCUCGCUCGUCUUCAUCGGCAUCUGCACCCUCAUCUGUCCCUUCCCCAACUUCAACUGCCAGGUCCAGUUCGCUCUGGCCGUGUUGGACGGUUCUGUCACUUUACCGUCUCGGGCUCAGAUGGAGGACGAGGUCCGAUGGCAGCUCCAGGAGAAACUGGAGAAGGGGGUGAAACAGCGCCACCUGCUGAGGUUGGAUCAGGACCAGUGGGAGUACUGCGACGCGCUAGCUCGCUCCGCUGGUUUCCCCCCGCUGCCUCCAGUCGUUCGCAGUCUGUAUGAGGAGGUGUGGCGACAACGACGAAUUCACCCCAGAAACUACCGGAGGCUCAACUACAGACUGAUCAGUGACACCGAGUGGGAGCUGCUUAGUUAAAACACCAGAUGAGCUUAAAUCCACACAAACUAACUCUUUUAUAGUCAUUCAUAAAUUCAUGUCAACUUAACAUUUUAUUGAAAAUCUUAUUUAACCUGAGAAAACAAUCUGAGAGCAAAUAUCAAGUGUUCAGCGCCUCCACCGAACAAAAGAUCAGACUUCAAAACUACAAAAAAAAACGACAACUGUCCAUUUGUACAAGAGAAGCUGCUGUUUCCACUGAUACCCAGCAUCAUGUCGCUGGAGCUAACCAGCUAGCCUCAGCUAACCAGCUAGCCUCAGCUAACUAGCUAGCCUCAGCUAACAGAGAAAACACACAGACAAACUUUGAAUUUCUUAGUCAUCAUGUCAGAAUUUCCUCUUCUGUUUCAAUAUUUCAUCAAAACCAAAAACUACUGACAACUAAUGUCAGUGAUCUAGUUUUUAUUAUCUUCUGGGUCCUUUAGAGUUUAUCAUGAUUCUACAUCAACUAUGAACCACAUGGAGACUGGACUCAUAGAAUCUGAACCCUGUGCCUCAGCAUUUCAUAUAUUUUCUUUGCCUCCAUCUAGUGGUCGAAUUGUGUUACGACAGAUAAUAAACACAUUGCAGC